UCAAGGGGGCCGAAUACUUUCGCAAGGCACUGUAGCAAGAUCAAGACAUCAUGGGAAAGACGUAAUAAAAAAACGUUAACAAAAUUUCCCUUUUGCCCAAUGGGAUAUUAUUAUCAGACCAACAUGUUUGUUGAAUAGCUAUAGAAAUCAUAUGCAGGGCUCAUCAAGUCCCCAAAGCCUACAAAGACCUCCUCAGGCGCUACCCAAGAUACCUCCCUUAAAAGAGCGAUUUGCUGCUCUAUCCUGAUGCAGGGGAGCUGUUAUGGACCGACAAAUAACCAAAAUAUUCCCUACACACAACGUGCAACUUUGUGGCAACUAUUUUAUGUGGUUACCUGGUUGUAACAGAGAGCUGUUGGUUAUUCUGGUUGUCUGACGCCUUCUCAACCAGACAACCAGUUUACAACCAGAAAACGAUGUCAUUACAUGACAUGGUAUGCCAAAAGUUCCCCAUAGGGUCAGUAUCUAUGUGUGCCACAACCUGACUUGCUAUCAUCUGGACAUUUUGUCUAUGAACUUUUACUUGUGGUUCCAUCCACACAUCUACUACUUCAUGCAGAGGAGCUGCUGUUGCCCUUUUCUCAUUUGCCCCGAAACAGGGAGCAUGCAUAGGAAACAAACACAAGCGCUCAUGCAUUAUGGAUCCUCUGUUGUAAAGAAGUAUGUUACAAAAGGACUGUAGCAUAUGUAAUUAAUGGGAGUUAAGAAUGUUUUGAGUCUGUAUUAGGUGUGUGUGUGUUUUCCCUGCAAAUCCUCUGAAACCUGGCGAUGGAGAUAAACAGCUUCAAAGUGGUCGUUUUGCUUAUGAGCAUGAGCUGCUGUGACAGCUAAGGAGGGUAGUCCGCCUUCGACUCUCCUCCAUUCCUCCCUUCCUCUAUUCAUCUGCAGUUUCUUCUCUCUCUCUUUCUCUCUCCAUCUUCAUGGAGGCACUUACAGUUUUUCUCAAUUGCUAAAACACUAAAACCCAUUGGCUGAACAAAGUUCUCAGUUGCCUGGACUCAUUUAGCUAAUUAUGCAGUCUGUUUUUAAUACCUUACACCAUUUCACAUGGUAAAACACAAUUUGCAGAUCUCACUUAGACUUUUCAGGAUAGAAUGGAUAGAAGAAACAAUGUGAGAGGACGAGGAUGAGUGCGUAUGCGAGGAGGGGGAGGAGGGCAAGAAAGAGGAAGAGGAGUAUGAAGAAGAAGAAGAGGAAGACAAAGAUGGAAGUAUCUGAUGAAAUUCGAGCAACAGUUAUAGACCAUGUUCUUGUCCAUGGACUGACAAUGAGGGAAGCAGGACUUAGAGUGCAACCCAAUUUGAGCCGAUUUUCUGUGUCCACCAUAGUAAGGACAUUCAGAGAAGAGAACAGGUACAGUAUACUACUGUAUUUUUGUAAUUGCAAAUUUAUUGUACUACACUAUAUGCAGCUGUUUCAAUAGACAUUUUUAAAGUUAAUCACUGUAUGAAUUGUACUACAUGAAUAUGUUUUGUAACUGCACAACUACUUUUUGUAGAAUUGCAAGGCUGCCACAUGCAGGUGGAAGGACAGCUAUAUUCAAUCGGGAGCAAGAGGCCGUUAUAGUUGGCAUGGUCCUUCAAGAUAAUGCAAUACGACUCAGAGAAAUCCAGGAACGAGUGAUACAAAACAUUAUUUCCACAAUUGACCGUGUCCUCCAUCGUAACAGGAUGCGAAUGAAACAAGUAUACAGAGUACCUUUUGAGCGCAACUCACCAAGGGUGAAAGAACUGCGAGCUCAGUAUGUGAAAACAAUAUUUGACUUGGAGUCCUUGGACAGACCCCAUGAGUUAAUCUUUGUCGUUGAAGCAGGCUUUAAUCUAACAAAGAGGAGAAGGAGAGGCCCAAACAUGAUUGGACAGCGGACCAUUGUUGAAGUCCCUGGUCAACGUUGUUACAAUCUGUGCUGCUAUCAGCAACCAUGGUGUUCGACAUCACCAUGUUACACUCGGGCCAUAUAACACCCAGCACCUUCUAAGAUUUAUUGCCAAUCUAAGAGAGAUUUUAUUUGAGCAGCAGGGUCAAGAGCUAAAUGAGAAUCCCAUUCCCACCUAUGUGAUAGUGUAGGACAAUGUCAGUUUCCAACGAGCUGCUCAGGUAAGGGAAUGUUUUAACAUCAAUGGGCAGUUUAUGAACUUGUACCUCCCUCCAUACUCGCCUUUCCAUAAUCCGAUUGAGGUGUUUUUCUCCUCUUGGAGAUGGAAAGUGUAUGAUAGACAACCCUACACCAGAGUAAAUCUGCUGCAAGCCAUGGAUUUAGCCUGUAGUGAUAUAGGUGAGGAAUCAUGUCAGGGCUGGACAUGGCACACAAGAGGCUUCUUCCCCCGUCGCCUCAGGAGGGACAAUAUUGCUUGUGAUGUCAACGAAGUGCUCUGGCCUGACCCAGCUCAAAGACAAGAAGAAGCACAUUGAUCACAUGUUUACUCCUUUGAUUUUUGUCCCUUUUGGGACAAAUUGGGUUGUUAUUGUAUACUGUAGUACAGUGCAUUGUAGGCUGUAUACUGUACAAUGGACAAAUUGUAUGGGCCUGAACAUUGUGCCUUCCAUUUAUUACAUUUUUUUCCAAUUGCUAACACACUAAAAUGACAUGCACAGCACAAUUAUUUAAACUGACACACAGAGAGCAAAACCUCUUCUCAAGUCUCCAAAAGUCUAAACACAUUUUCUGCUUUACAUACAUUUUGCAAUUCAAAAUGGCACUUUUUAAAUGCACUGCACACGGUUCUCUGCAUAAGACACAACAAUCUGGCAUAAAGUCACAUGUUUGCCAUUUCAAAACACUGCCAUUCAAAAUUACACUACAUGAGCUAAUUGGCCAAUACAUGUGCCACCUGGCCAAACACCUCAAUGGUUAAUUGUUACCACUUCAAUCAGGAAGUAAGCACUAUGAAAAGACCACAGGUGAGCAGCACCGUUUGUUUUACAACAACAAUGGAAGCCGUUGCAGAGAGAGGAAGAGAAAGAGGGAGGGUGAUAAUGAGAGGGGGAGGGGGAGGAAGAGUGAGAGGUAUAGGUAGAGCUGGUAGAGGAGUUCAUUGCCAAAGAAGACAACAUCUUUCAAAUGAAAUCAGAGCAACCGUAGUUGAUCAUGUCAUCAACCAUGGGCUGACAAUGCGAGAGGCUGGACAGAGAGUGCAGCCCAACUUGAGCCGUUUUACUGUCGCCUCUGUCAUCCGGACAUUUAGACUGGAGUACAGGACUGAGAGAUGCAACCAUGGUAGAGGAAUGGGCAAAAUGUUCACCGGGGUACAGGAAGCUAACAUUGUAAACUUGGUUUUGGAAAAUAAUGAAAUCAGAUUACGAGAAAUUCAAAGCCACAUCAUCCAAGACAACACCAUAUUCAACAACAUUCAACGAGUCAGUCUGUCCACAUUGGCUCGCAUUCUCACGCGAAACCAAAUCAGAAUGAAACAACUUUAUAAGGUGCCGUUUGAGAGAAACUCUCAAAGAAACAAAGAGUUCAGACGAGCAUAUGUGGAUGGAGUACUGGAAAUGGAUGCUCAUGCAAUCCCACAUGAGUUCAUCUUUAUAGAUGAGGCUGGGUUCAACCUAGCAAAGACCAGAAGAAGGGGGAGAAACGUCAUUGGCCACAGAGCCAUUAUAGAUGUUCCUGGCCAACGUGGUGGGAACAUCACAUGGAGGACACCAUGCGUAUGCAUGGUGUUCUCCACCGUCAUGCCAACCUUGGACCAUACAACACAGCCCAUAUUAUCACAUUUCUGGACAGACUCCACAACAUUCUCAUGCCACCAGAGCGUAUGAAUGAUGCAGAUCAUCAAAGAACCCGGUACAUUGUAGUAUGGGACAACGUGAGCUUUCAUCGUGCAGCCCCAGGUUUGCUGACCACCCACCAUUUCUCAUGCAAUACCUCCCACCAUACUCACCAUUUCUGAAUCCCAUAGAAGAGUUGUUUUCGGCAUGGCGGUGGAAGGUAUACGACCGGCAGCCCUCUUGUGCAGGCUAUGGAAGAGGCAUGUGAUGAGAUUGAUGUGGGUGCGAUUCAGGGAUAGAUAAGGCACUCAAGGCACUUCUUCACUCGAUGUCUGGCAAGGGAAGAUAUUGCCUGUGAUGUGGACGAGGCGUUGUGGCCAGACCCAGCUGUGCGGCAAGAUGCUGCCUCUUUUUUUCGAUAUAUUUUUUCUGCAAUUUUCAGUUUACUGUUUUUUUCUGAGCAUAUUUUUGUUCAGUCCAAUGUAAAUAUAUCUGCUGCGCAUAUGUCGCACUGACUUGUUUGGUUUAAAAAUUGUAAAAAAUGUAGGUGUAUCUGUAAAUAUUUCUGUGCAUCUGAAGAUUUUCUACAAUUUGAACUAUUUUAGUAUUAUGGCAAAGCAUACUAAAGAUGAGACUGCUUUUCAUUAUGCCCAACAGUGUGUAGUUGGUUAGACAAAAAUCUGGUAAUAUGAAUGAAGUGUGUGCCAUUUCGUGCAAACGUUUGAUUUUGAUAAUGCUAUAUGUAGUUUUGGUUGCAGUGCUUCAUUUUGCAGGAUAUAUGAGGUAUUUUGCAGUUUGAGUGUGUGGUUUUGUGAUUUGUGUUGUGCCUAGAAUUGUGUUAGCCUAGUGGUUAGAGCAUUGGACUAGUAACUGAAAGAUUGCAAGUUCAAAUCCCCGAGCUGACAAGGUACAAAUCUGUCAUUCUGCCCCUGAACAGGCAGUUAACCCACUGUUCCUAGGCCGUCAUUGAAAAUAAGAAUUUGUUCUUAACUGACUUGCCUAGUAAAAUUUAAAAAAAUUAAAAAUAAAUGUAAAAAACAGCCUAGUUUGCAAAAUUGUGUUUUAGCAAUUGGGAAAAACUGUAACAGUACUGACUGCUCAAUAGAUUUUGACUGGUUGCAGGUUCAUAUCAACAAAGAACAAGAAUUACAGUAUCACAGAGACAAAGGACAAGUUUGUGAGAUGCAGGGUACAGUACUGUAAAAAUAGGGGUACAAGGGGUGGAAGAACAAAAAAACAUAAUUGCAAAGAGCAAAGCAGAGUAGUAAUUUCUGAUCAAUUUUGAGCUACUAUGAUAGAACAUGUUUUCAUUCAUCAAAAGACAAUGACGGAAAAAUAUGAAUAUUUUUCUAGAUUAAAAAUGAGAAUUGUACGUUUUGAACAAUGUCUUUUCUAUUUUUCGGUGUAUUGUUAACUGACUGCUUGAGAGUGUAUAUCAUUUUGAUCACUUUGUUUAUGAUUUUAGAGCAGUGUUUGAUUUUGAACACAGGUAAAACUGUUUUGAGGCGAAUGUUUCAUUUUGCAAGAGGAGUCAGAGGUUAUGUAAAUAGUGCUUGAAGAUGAGGUUUUGUGUUUAAUGUUUUCAGGAAAUGAAGCAAGGUUUCAGAAAUUGUGUUUUAGCAAUUGAGAAAAACUGUAACACUUCAGAGAAGCCCAGAGACGGAAUCUUCAAGUCAUUUCCUUACCCGUUAAUACCUCAUUCUCUUUGUUUCUCUCUCCCUUCAUUUUGCAUCAUCAUGGUGACACUUUUUGUCUUGAAAGUCUAAUAUCUUGAAAACUUGACUGCUGACAUGAAAAAUGUUUUCGGACUGUAUCAACAGUGGACUAAUGAUAAAAUAAAAUAAAUGUAUGGUUUGCUUUGCAGUCUCAA